CUGAAAUCUGUUUCUCGUUGUUCUUCUUCAUUUGUUUAACCCUAGAAUACAGGGAAUCAUCUGCAGAAAUGGGUCGAAUCCAUAAUCCUAAGAAAGCCAAACGAAAGAACAAGGGUUCAAACAAGGGCGAGGGAUCUUCAUCUAUUGUUCCGUCUUUGCCAACAAAGGUAUGGCAACCAGGAGUUGAUAACAUUGAAGAAGGAGAAGAGCUUCAGUGUGAUCCAUCUGCUUACAAUUCUCUUCAUGCUUUUCAUGUCGGCUGGCCUUGUUUGAGUUUUGACAUACUGCGUGAUAAACUUGGAUUGGUUCGGACUGAGUUUCCACAUACAGUAUAUUGCAUUGCUGGAACUCAGGCGGAGAAAGCUUCUUGGAAUUAUAUUGGGAUCUAUAAGAUUUCUAAUAUAUCUGGGAAAAGACGGGCUUUGGUUCCCAAAUCAAUUGAUGAAGAUGAUGACAGUGAUGAAGACAGUGAGAGUGACAAGGAGGAUGAAGGAAAAGGUGGUGCAUCUGGGGCACCUGUCUUGCAGCUACGCAAGAUUUCUCAUGAAGGUUGUAUUAAUCGUAUUCGAUCCAUGCCUCAAAAUCCUAAUAUUUGUGUAUCUUGGUCAGAUACGGGCAAAGUUGAGAUUUGGGACUUUGCGAAUCAUCUAAAUGCUUUGGCCGACUCUGAAGAAGGCAUAAGUGGAGGUGCUGCUUUGCCCCCUUCUACUCAGGCUCCAUUGGUUAAUUUUGGUGGCCACAAAGAGGAAGGAUAUGCGUUAGAUUGGAGUCCUCUUGUUCCUGGAAGGCUUGUAUCUGGUGACUGCAACAACUGUAUUCAUUUGUGGGAACCCGCAUCUGAAACAACAUGGAAUGUUGGUUCUAAUUCAUAUGUUGGGCACAUCGCAAGUGUGGAAGAUCUACAAUGGAGUCCCACUGAACCUCAUGUAUUUGCUUCUUGCUCGGUGGACAAAAAUAUAGCAAUUUGGGACAUUCGGUUAGGGAAGAAACCAGCAGCUACAAUAAAGGCACAUAAUGCAGAUGUUAAUGUGAUAUCAUGGAACAGGUUGGCUAGCUGCAUGCUGGCAUCUGGAAGUGAUGAUGGUACAUUUUCAAUUCGCGAUCUAAGAUUGCUCAAGGAUGGAGAUCCAGUUGUGGCUCACUUUGAAUAUCACAAACAUCCAAUCACAUCUAUUGAAUGGAGUCCGCAUGAAGCCUCUACUUUGGCAGUUACUUCUUCAGACAAUCAACUGACAAUAUGGGACCUUUCUUUGGAAAGAGAUGAAGAAGAGGAAGCAGAAUUCAAAGCCAACACGCAGGAGCAAGUAAAUGCACCUAACGAUUUACCACCACAGCUUCUCUUUGUUCAUCAGGGACAAACCGCUUUGAAAGAACUCCAUUGGCAUUCACAGAUCCCUGGAAUGAUCAUGUCUACUGCAGCAGAUGGUUUUAACAUUUUGAUGCCUUCAAACAUAGAGACUGCCCUUCCUCCUGCAGCUGCCAGUUCUUGAAGAACACUUAAAUAGAACCUUUUUUGCCUCUUUAAUUUCCUUCUGAAUCGAAUUUUGGUCUUGUUUUUAGUUAUUUGUUUUUUUCAUCUUUAGAUACGGAUUGUGCUGAAAGUUAUAUAAGUGUGGUUUUGUUUAUUUUUUCAUGACAUUUGAAUAUCUUUUUUUUUUGUUAUGGAUUUCAGGAUUUCUUCUAGGAUCGUAUGCCAUUGUUAAUUAUUGAGACUAACUAGUUA